GGCUAAAUCAACCAAGAAACUCAUAAGCUCAAUGUACAAAGUAGACAGCAAACAUAAGAAUAUAAAAGGUCUGUUUGACAGUGUGGCUCAAGCAGGAGCUGAAAAAAGUUCUGCAGCGGGCAAACAAAAGUUGACUGAUGCCAAAGGCUGUGAUUGGCUGCAGGAGCUGUCGGUCACUAUAAGGGUGUUUAAAAAAACAUCUGUGCGCAUGGAGAAGCUGCAGCGCAUGUCCAUGAUCCAAGAUUCCACCUUCCACAAGCGACUCAUAAAACUUUUAAUCACAGCUCCUGGAGACGCAGCUUUAUGUGGAGUUAGCCCUGAACAUUUACAGAACAUGGCUUUAGAUAUUCUGAUCUGGAUCCUUGCUAUGCAGAAAAAUGAUGUGGACAAUCGGUAGGUACAAAGUAUGUUGGGGGGGGGGAAAUCACCAAUAGAUUUGUCACACAUUUAUUUUAUUGGUAAUAAUGAUUGUGUAAAUGUUAACAACUAUAUUGAAACUGCUAUAGGUAAAAUUUUAUUAUUACUUGUUAUUAAAAGAUUAGCCUCUCUGUUACAGAGGGAAUGAAAGGGUUCUGUUGGAGUCUAUACAACAUGAGCUUCAAGGAAUGGUGAAGUCCUGCUUUAUUAUAGGAUCAAGAACAACUGCCCACAAAUUUUCCAGGCUGCUGGCCCUCUGUAUGGAGUAAGUUAAUUAGAUCCAGCUUAGCCUAAACUCUUAUUUGGUUUUCAAUUGUUUUGUAAAAAUAAUAUCUGGGCAUCAAAUUUCAUCUGGAAGGAUGUGUUAACUUUUCAGGUAACUGUCAAAGGCAUGAGAAUUUUGUUUACAUUGAAUUUGUUGCACCAAUGUAAAAAAACAACAAAAACUCAGGGUUAUUCAAUGUAUAAAUGAUACUAAACCUAAAGCUGCCACUGUUGGUUUUUAUUAUAAACUAAAGACUGUUUAAUAUGGUAGUUUGCAUCGAUGAUAAAAUCAAUAUAAACUUAAUUAACAGCUGUUUGGGUGUUUUGUUUCUCGUUACUUUUUACCUUUAACAAUUUUUUUUUUUUUUUUUUUAAAGAUUCUCCAAUUUGUCCUCAGAUCCAGAGCUUGCCCACAGUUUUAGUGUUGGCUUGAUGCAUGCAUUGCUGGACUGCUUCCCUUUUCUUCCUGUGUUAUAAAAUAAAUAUAAACUUAAUUAACAGCUUUUUGGGUUUUUUGUUUCUUGUUACUUUUUACCUUUAACAAUUUUUUUUUUUUUUUUUUUAAAGAUUCUCCAAGUUGUCCUCAGAUCCAGAGCUUGCCCACAGUUUUAGUGUUGGCUUGAUGCAUGCAUUGCUGGACUGCUUCCCUCUUCUUCCUGUGUGUAAAUCAAGUGGGGCACUGGGUUGGUUGUUUACCAUCCUCAACAGGGUCAAAUGUAUGGACAUGGAACUUGUGGCACAGAGGUCCUGUCAGUUACUUUUGACUCUGUCUCACCACUACAGUCAGAGAACACAGCUACAUCAUGCUCUACUCAAAACUAGGUACAACUUGAGAACUAUUCUGUGUGGUGUCCUGGUUAAGCAUGUUUUAUGAGCAUUAUGUCAGUUUGUAAAUAUGAGUUUGUUUGUUAAAUUAAGUUAUGUUUAAAAAAAAACAACUGUUGUCCUCAUAGGUAUGGACUUUAUGGAAAUCCAUUUGAGGCUGAGCUUUUUGACAUGGACCUAGGUAACAUCACUAAGCCAAGUUCAUUGUCUCUGGGCAGUGCCACACCCAGUACAAUACUCUACAAUGUGGUCAAACCACCAACCGUAGGGACUAGCAAAGAACAGUCUGAUCUCUUUGAUGUCUUCUUGUCUGCUGAAAAAACAGCCAAGAAUCACGUAAGAGUUUCAUGCCAGUUAAAUCUAAUAUUAACCAAAUUUCUUUUAUUUUUUUGGUUAAGGCUGCUUUAAAAUACAAAAUUCUUGGUCCAAGACUGGAUAAAACUUCCCCCCUUGUUAAAAGGUUUCUUCACAUCUAACAUGGUUCUUAACCAUGUGUCCGGGAGGCAGUUUCAGGAGGUUUGGGAAGAUAAAAAAAAGGUUUAUUUGUAUUUUUAAGCAUUUUCAAUCAUAGGGGUUGCGGGACUAUGUUUUGAUUUUCAAUAUAGGGGUAUAUGAAAAGUUUUUUUUAAAUUAAGACAGUGUGUAGGGCUGCAUAAAGUUUAAGAACCUCAGGCAUAAAAGGGGUUUAGCAUGGUUGUAAAAUAUAUACAAAAUUUUGCAAAAUGUUAAUUUAUCCCUUCCAAUUUACAGCCAUUGAGUUAAUGUUGAGAUUAGGGUGCAGGUUUGUGCCAUGAAAAUAUGUCAUACAAACUUGUACGAUUUUUUGGCAAACUAACGCUUUCCCUCUUGUCACUUGGAUUCAGUCACAUUGUCCAAAUGUUAUGCGUGUUAUCUGGCAUCUCCGUUUUUAAACCCAUAGAAAUAUUGAUAUGUGGUGGGCAAGGGGUUAACAGCCUAGCUUGGAAUGUUAAUCCAGCAAACAGCACCAAGGCUCCUCUUGAUGCAUACAAAGCAGGGUAUUUUUAUGCCAAAGAAAAUCUCACUUCUUGAAGUUUGUUUUGAAAGACAUAAACAACAUGUAACCUUUUCCACAUGUUCUUGAUUUGUGAUGUGCAGACCAGCAAUGUAAAGUUCAUGGACCAACCCUGGACCUUCAUUUGGGGAAAGCUGGUCUAGACAUUAGGCGACUUAUGAUAAGAGUCUAACCAUUAAAAAACAUCAAAUGAAUGUUAUUUAAUUAUGCAUUUUUUUCAGCAUUAAUGUAAUAGCAACACCUGAUAGUUGUCAUGCCAAUGGUAAUUACAGUGCUUAGAUUUCCCUCAGUUAUUUUAGUGUGCAUCUUUUUAGAAAGCUCAGCAAUGAAAUUGUGGAUUUUGUCCACAGCCUGAUUAUUUCCAGAAUGACAUCUUAGGGCUGCUAGAGGUGGAGCCUCUUCACUUUCGUUGCCAUGCCACCAGUGAUGGUACUCGCAUGGAGAGAAUGGAUGCCAGUUCCACAUCAAGUGGCCCGGUACCUGCAACAAGUGCUUUCAACUCAGGCCCUACCCACCUCAUGCCUUUACAACCCCCUGGACUCGUUAGUGAUGAGGCAAUGUUGCCUAUUUUGGGAGGAGAUUUUUCCACAUAUUUAGCGCAAUCAACGGGUCCAAAAUUGUCUAAUACUAUGGUAAGUAAUUUUCUCUAAAUAUAAACAUAUUAUCAUAAACCAUUAAGGUUACCUACCAUUUGUAUCCCUUAUAAAUAAUAGAAUUAUAGCUACAUUAAUUAAUUGUUGAAGAGCUUAUCAAUACAAUCAUUUAUUUUUAUUAGUCAUUAACUUGAAAUUCACAGGAAUUAAUUUGAAUGUAAAUAGGCUUAUGUUUUUCAGUCUUUGAUCGAGGAAAACAUUCUAAAAAAGAAAAGCUUUAUAGCCCCCUCCUCGAAGUUAUAUGGAGCCAAAGUCUUACAUUCGCAUCAACAGGCUGCACAGCCCCAGAAACAGGGACAACAGCAAAGACAGGGAACUCAAAAACAGUUUGCUUUCCCUCAAAUCCAGGGGCUUCUUCAAGCUCCCCCUCCGCAAGUUUUGGUUAUAGAAAGAAUGCAUUCAGGCAAGUCAUUAUCUGUGUACAUCGUGUCCCUCCACACACACUCAAAACGCACUUUAUUAAAUUCUUUUACUUUAUAAAAAGGAAAUAACUCCUGUGUUACUGCAGGCCGUUUUGUGUGAAAAGUCUGGAUUUUAUGCUCUUGAUCAAAGUUAUUCUUGGAAUAACAUUAGUUGUUAUAAGCAAACUAUUUUCAGUUAUUGCCUACUAUCAAUUUGAAAUAUAUAGCAUAGUACAUCGCUAAUGUGGAUGUGAGGAAUUGUUUGGCUUUGCAGUCAUGUCUAAGUUUAAUAAUAAGUAAAGAACAGGAUUACAUGUUUAUUAUUUCUUUAAAAAUGGAUGAUUAAACAUAAACUUUUAAACAUUUCAGGUGCCAGACGUUUUGUAACUCUGGAUUUUGGCAAACCCAUUGUUCUAACUGAUGUAAUAAUACCAUCAAGUAUGGACCUAGCUUCUCUGUCCAUUGAUGUGUGGGUUGAUGGGGAGGAAAUUGAUGGGCAGAGGUUGGUUGUGGCAUCUGAUAUUAAAGACAGAACUCUGAUCAUGAACAAUAUCAUGCCAGCCCCAGUAUGUCGCUACCUCAAGGUAAAAUAACCAAUGAAAGGAACAGCUUUCUUCUGUUUACAAUGAGUAGAUGUUCUCGAGAGAUAUUAAAUGUUGUGAUUAUUCAAGUCAAAUUUAAUACACAAUGAAGUUCUUAGUGGAUAAAUGUAACACCAAGUCAAUCCAUAACCUUAUAGGUUACCUCAAUUAUGCUAGCCCCUACUGUUAUCUACUUAUGAAAUGGCCAUUAUGCAAAAUUUCCUGAGUUAACUCUUUAUUGAAAAUAUCUUUUUUAAAAUUAAACUAAUUCCACUUAAAUAAUUCUAAGCUGAUAUCCUAAUUUUACUCCCUUCAGAUUACUACUGUUGGCAGAUACAGUGGUGGCACAACUCGCUCUCGCAUUCCACUAGGCUCUUUCUAUGGACACACCUACAUUCUUCCUUGGGAAUGGCCUAGCUUUACUCCUGGCCAUUCAGUAAAGAGCCAUGCAUCUACAGCUGAUUCUUCUUCAGCUGCAACAUGCCCUGGUAAAGACAGUUGUAAUGAUCUGACUGAUUCAAAAAACUUGUUGAAAACUCCCAGCUCCUGUGAAAUGAGUAGCCAUACCUCACUUUUGUCACAGCUUGCACUGUUUCUGUCCUUACUUGAGGACCUUCAGUGUAGAUUUAACUUGUCCAAGACCCGCCUUGAGUCCCUGCUCAAGGUGGUAGUCAGCUCACAGUUCAUCUCCUCACAUGUUCAGUAUCACUUGAAAAGAAACAGUUCUGGCAAACUCAGUGAAGAGGAUGCUCAGAUUCUGCAGGUUUGUUGCUUCACAUUUCAAUUUAAUAGGAUAUCUUUUACUUUAGUUUGGGAUUACUCACCCUUGAAUUAAUAUUAAAUUUGAUAUUUUUCAACCUGGGAAUCCAGGUUCACUUAAAUUUAUAGACACGUCAUUAAACAAUCAAGACAUUCAAGCUAAUGAUGUUUGCAUUAAGAUAAUGUAUUACAAACUUUCUUGGUGGCAUUUUCAUUUUGGAUUAAAACAACUUCCUGUCAAUAGCAAACUAAGUUCCAAUGUUCUCAUUAUCUUGUGUUUUUGUUUUUUUAGGGUUGUUUGCGGAUGAAAACUUUGAGCUAAAACAUUCAUUUGAUUGACCUUUAUUUUCAGCUAAGCCGUCACACAUCCUAUCCAUACUGUUUUAUUACCUUAAUGACAAGGAUUAAGAAAUUAUUUUUUAAAGGAUGUUAAAUAAAUAAAUUCAACAAAUGUUUUUUUGUUAUUAAUUUUUAAACAAAUUUUUUAAGGCAUACAAUGAGUGUUUGCAGUUGCAACUGCAGCUAAAUUUAGCUCAGCGAGCUAUCCACAGACUUCAGACUUCACUGGGUAUUUGCGUAGAUGUCAUAGACGAAUCUUUGAACACUGAUGUCUUGUUAGCUCAGGUAAUACAUUGAAUAAAGCACUAUGAAGUAUUUAAAUCUUAGUCAAAGGCAUGGACAACUAAGUAGCAUACAAUCCUAUCAGAAUUUAAAUAUACUAUACGAAUGAUGUUCACACUCUUUUCUAGGCUCCCACUGACAAACUUCGUGUCAUACUGGAAAACCUCCUGGACACGUUACUGUCAUCAACAGUAGGUCUGUCAGCCAUCUCCCAACCUCCUACAGCUCUCUACGAUGUUCUUACACAUGAACAGGCCCAAGCUGUCUUCCAGCACUUGUGCCUGCAUGGCACACAGAGGAUCCAGGUAUCAACAGGGCUGCUACUUGUCAGAGUGUGUGGAACCCAGCCAUGGUGGGGGCAGUUCCUUGGCAAUAUGCUGAAGCAGUUUUUCCACUCUCACUACUCUCAAGUGUUUCCACAAGACAGGUGAGAUAAAUAUUCAUACUCCUGCGUCCAUUUAUAUCACCCCUUUGUAUGGAGCUUUUAUGCUCAUUCAGAAAUAAAUGAAAGCAUCUGCUAAAUUUAUUAAUUUGACUGAUUAUGUCUUUUUUAUUGAGAAAAAAAUCCAAAUGUUUAAUAAAAAAACCAAUAACUAGAUGAAAAACUUUAUGAUGAAGCUUGUGUUCUCUGUAAUUCUACUAAAAUUUCAUCGUGUGUAAGGAUAUAGAUCUAAAUUACAAUUAUUUUGAAUUUUUUUUUAAAUUUGAUUUUUCUUUUUUAAAAUAUGUGUGCAGUGUUCAUGUUUAGCUAUUUAUUUAUUCAGGGUCUUUGUUCUGCUGAGUGCCUUGGGUCAGAAAUCUUUGAGUGGACCAAGCUCACUUGCCAUCUUAGACAGUCUUCUAUCCAUGUUGACAUCAGUCCUUGAGCCUGCCACCAAUCCCCAUGCAGCCAGUAUGUUCAAUGAGUCAUUAUUCUAUAUAAAUAAAGUCUUUCUUUCACACUGUGUUAACAUUUUUAAGUAAUAAUAGAAGAAAAGAAAUAUCAAAAUUAAUAUAGCUGGUGCUCCUCAACCCAUUUACAAGAACAAUUUCUAUACAGAUGUUUUAAGUUAUACAACUCUUUUUUUUCAUCAGAACAUUUGGACUUGUCUCUUACAAGUUGGGUGCUUCUUUUCUUGUGCCGCAAUAUGGAGUCCUCGUCCAAUGCUCUGGCCUCUAACACAGAUGACACAGAGAAAGGGGCCAAGAGAGAUAAAGAUGGUAAAUAUCUAGUCACAGACUUUAGUUUAAAAAAAACCAUUAAGAAUAAAUUGUCUACAGCGAAAGAGUAAUUAAAACUUCAAGUUAAUCAGCUGCAGGGAUUAAUCUUUUAUUAGUUGAUCUAAAUAAUUAAUAUUUUAAAACUUAAGUAUUAAAUGUAAUUAAUACAUAAAUAUUGACUAAUUCAUUGUCAAAUUUUUUGGUGGUCACCAAUAAAAUCGUGUUGGUAACAAAGGGUCUAUCAGAGGCUGAUGUUUUUUGGUAACUAUAAUAACCAUUUGAACCCUGGGCUCCUGGGGAACAAACUCCCACAUACACACAAACAAAAUUCCAUGAUAAUAUAAUUAGAGUCUAUAUACAUUUUAUUUAUUUCAAUCUAAAUUUUUCUGUUAGUGGUCCAUGUCAUGAAUUUAUUUGAGUGACUCCGUUAUCUAAGAGUAUCUGAAACACAAUGUACACAAAGACUUGAAUCAAGAGUUUUUCCAGUUAUUAAUUAUGAACUUUUAUUCUACUUAAUUACGGUGAACAAGUGAUGAUGUUUCUGUGCAUAUACAGGCCACCUCCAAAUAAGCAAAAUAAGUUGAAGAUCUAUCAGUUUACUGUGGAGUUUAUACAACUCCUUGACAUGUAUGCCACCACUAACAACAAGGUCAUCAUAAUCGGCGACAUAAACUGCCAUUUCGACUCCACCACCGACAGCUACGUGAAGACCCUAAAAUCAGCUCUCGACACACACGGAAUGACUCAGCUUGUCAGUGUCCCGACGCAGAAGCGAGGUCACAUCCUAGAUUGGCUGGUUGUCAGAGAGGACCAGGCAGCUAUGAUCCAAAACCUCAUUAUUGAGGACAAACUUAUUUCUGAUCACUUCCCAGUCACCUUCGACUUUGACUUGAGGAAGCCAGGACGCCUUCUGCGAUCUGUAACAUCCCGUGACCUCCGACAGAUAGAUCUAGCGGCCUUUAGAUGUGACGUCGCAGCCCUUGAGUGCGGUGUAGAUGACCCUGCUACAGACUACAACAGUGGCCUCAGAGUGAUUUUAGACAAACAUGCACCACUGUCCACAUGGCGAGUUUUGGACCGCCCUUCCGCCCCAUGGCUCACGCCCGAAAAUUAAGGAUGCUAAGCGGAAGCAGCGACGUGCAGAACGCCAAUGGCGGAAGUCGGGCUUGACUGUGCACCAACAAAUCUUUGGUGACCACAGGGAACGAACCAAGAGGUUGGUCCUUGCAGCUAGGACUGAGUAUGUUAGUCAUCAGACUACAGGCAGAAGCUCAAGCAUUGUGGGUCAGCUGACCGGUAAAAACAAGGCUACAUCUCUGCCAAAUAACAUUGCUGUAGAAGAGUUGCCAGACGCUCUAAAUGACUACUUUAUUACAAAAGUUAAGAGGAUCAGAGCGAAACUUGACGGUUGCAUCGAUACUGCUCCAGAAUUCUCACUCUUCAACGGCUCUUCCAUGGGUGAAUUUGUUGAGGUCAGUGAAUCGAAUGUGAGGAAAAUCCUCGCUGAUACCCCAAGAAAGUCAUGUUCGCUUGACGCUCUUCCAGCAGGGCUCUUGUAUGAAUGUCUGGAUGAAAUAGUCCCCAUCAUCACUUAUAUCAUAAAUCAGUCCUUAGCUACUGGUAUUGUUCUAUCAUCUUUUAAAGAGGCGAUCGUCACUCCACUAUUAAAGAAAUCAAAUCUUGACCCUAAUGUGAUGGAAAAUUAUCGCCCCAUCUCAAAUCUACCAUUUAUUUCUAAAAUCUUAGAAAAACUUUUCUCCGCCAACUCCUAGAUCACCUCACUCAAUUUGACUUGUUUGAACAAUUCCAGUCAGCAUACAGGGCGCAUCACUCUACUGAGACAGCCUUGUUGCGCGUCGUAAACGACCUUCUGUCGUCUUGUGAUGAGGGCCAGGUAUCGAUUUUGUCUUUACUCGAUUUAUCGGCAGCUUUUGAUACGCUCGACCACAGCAUACUGCUCCAGCGUCUGCAACAAACGUUCGAUCUCACUGAUACCGUCCUGUGUUGGUUCCGAUCGUAUCUGACUAAUCGGGUGCAGUCAGUUAUUUCAAACGGCUUGACCUCGAAGAAAUCUAAUAUCGAAUUCGGAGUACCCCAGGGCUCGGACCUAGGCCCGGUGCUUUUCACGAUGUACAUUCAGCCACUGGGUGCAGAGAUCAGGCAGUUUGACAUGUUGUAUCACAUGUUGAUACACAACUUCAUCAAUCCGUGAUCCCUUCUCAUUUCCCUCAGCUGCUCAGUAUGACAGAGAAGAAAAUGGAGGUGGUUAAGCACUGGAUGACCAUAAACAAGCUCAAAUUGAAUGAUGAUAAGACUGAGCUGCUCCCCAUCGCGACCGCUCAGAAGCAAAAAUCUGCAAAUAACACGACAUCCAUUACUCUCUCAGGUGUGCGUAUUGAGUUAGCUCAAACAGUGCGGUACCUGGGUGUCUACCUAGAUGGAAGACUAACUUUUGAAAGUCAUAUUAACAUGCAAUGCAAGGCGAUUUUUCUGGAGCUGCGCAGGAUUAGUCACAUCAGGCCCUUCCUAACAAUUGAUGCAACAAAGAGGCUGAUGUCUGCAUUUGUGCUAUCGCGCAUGGACUAUUGCAAUGCUCUCAUGGUGGGUCUUCCAGCUACGCUCCUGGAUAAAAUUCAAAUAGCACAGAAUAAUGCGUCUCGCAUUGUUCUCCGCAAACGCAAGUUCGACCAUGCAAAAACACUUCUGAGAGAGUUGCACUGGCUGCCGGUGCGUGCUCGCAUAGAGUACAAAAUCGCAACUUUGUGCUACCGCUGCUUACAUGGCCUGUAUCCGUCCUAUCUGAAAGAGCUGCUGACGCCUUAUGUACCCACUAGAGAGCUCCGCUCAUCCGAUAGUGGCAAACUCUCGACACAACGUGUUUGCCUUGAGACUUACGGAAAGCGCACUUUCGCAUUUGCUGGUCCAACAAUUUGGAACGGCCUUCCUGUCGAUCUCAGAAACAACCAGACACUGGAGUCCUUUAAAACAGAUUUAAAGACUCACCUAUUUCGCAAACACCUUCUGGGAUGAUUGUCUAUCUUAUUUUCCAGUUAAUGCAUAAUGGCUGUGUAGCUUAUGGUUGAAAUGGCUAGAAAGACUUUGACAUUGUAUGCUUGUAAUUAGUUUUUGUAGUGUUGCGUUUGUUUUAAAUGUGGUAAAUUAUAUAUUUGUUUUUGUUGACUUUGUACCGCACUUCGAGCCUUUGGGGAUGAAGCGUGUUUUUUUAAAUGAACUUUAUUAUUAGUAUUACUACAAUUUAAUCUAAAGUAAUCUCCCAUUAGUAAUGUUGGUUCCGUUAACAAGCUUAGCCAGAGGGAUCUUUGGCAAAACUACUAACACCAGCUAACACUGAUAUGUUUAACGUCCUACCCACUCGCUGUCCCCUGCUCUACUGACCACCUGCACUCUGCUACCAUACUACCCCCUUUAGUAUCCCCUCCUUGAUGGUAUUCCUAUGCUUAUAGUCCACCUCCCACAAAACAGACUCUCAGGAAUUCUAACACCUUGACAAUCCAUUAGUAUUAUAAAAUGUAUAACAGGGAGAUAAUAAUCUUAGAAUCAGAAUAGCAUAGAAGACAGUUACUUUCACAUCUAUGAUUUUCAAACUAACCAAGGGUAGGACUAAGGGUAGUCCUUGAGUUGUUUCUUUAUUUUCUAAUGCACACAUUUCAUCAUUAGCAAAAGUUGAAGCCAAGCGUUGAUCACUAUCAUUUUCUAUUGGCUUUAUUUUUAAUCAUUUUCUAUUGGCUUUUUUUAAAUCCUUUUUCAAACAUGAUAGUAAUUCUUUGAAUCAUUUACAUUAUCAUCAGCCUGCCUCAGUUUGAGUCCUUAAGAAUAGCAAUUUUUGUAUUUUCGUCACCUCUAUACAUAAAACCAUUACUUAAACACAUAAAACAACAAUGCAUCCAUGGGCGCGACCAUCACUGUGACAUCACAAGUUAUGUGAUAAACCCUGAACUCGGUAUUUACAACACAUUUUAUAUCCAGCCAAUCUAGGAUACGGUAUGGGAGAUGGAUAUAUCAGUUUGGGGAUGUGGAUUUAAAACACUUAGACCUAUAAAGUGGGAUUGCAGGUUCUUUGGGUUAACUUUAUUUGGAUGUUGCGGAAUUUGUUGUACAGUGUUUUGAGCAAGACAUGCUCUUUUUGCUUUGGUCCUUAGUGGGCCUGUUUAAUGGAGGGCACACUGUUUUAGACAUUUGGUAUUGCUGUAAGUGUAGUUUUAUGAAGUUGUAAAAAUUCUGACUUAUUUGUAAUUUAAAAAAACAACAACUUUCCCAUUAAAGUCUACAGUGUCAGCAACAGAUGGGCAUUCAUUGAAAGCCAGUGGUCUCCUUCUACAUCGUCAGGAACUAGAUGCAAAUUUCAACGCAUCUAUCGACGGGGAUUUCAGCGAAAAGUGGCACAAUAUCGGCAAAAAUUACAUGAGAUUGAUAGAUUAAAGAAACAUUUUGGUGGACCGGAUAAAAAAUAUCAGGCAUCGGCAAAGGUAUAAUUAUUAUAUAUUUUUUCCUCAUAUUUUAUUUGAAAAAAAAUAGCUUCUUUUUUUGUGAGUGUAUCAUUGAAAAGGUUGUUGUUACUUUAAAUAGUAAUAUUUUUUAAUGUUUCAUGCAGCUUCUCUUUAAGGGGAUCACAGAACAACGUAGGGUAGAAGAGUCUGAAAUGAAAGAUGAUUCUAUGGACAUUGACCAGCCUCUAUUGUUAUCUCGUGAUAGAUGUCUCGCAGUGGUUGGUGGACUGAUGGCGCUCUUACUCAGCAUGGAUUUCACGUGUCAUGUUGAUCUUUUUCUAGUUGCCUGCAAGGUAAGUACACAGCAUGAUCAAAUACAGAAAAUCUCUUUAAUAAAUGUAGUUAAGGAUGUAUUACUUUUAUUGCAUAAAUCAGGUGAUAAAAGAAAAUGCAUUGAUCUGUUUUUAUUGCUCUCUGCAGGUAUUGGCAAAACUGUGUGUGGCAUGUAGACCUUCCAUUGUUCUUGCUGAAGUUAUGUCACAAGAACAAUUGGAGAAACUAGUCUUGUUGGUGCUUGAUGCAGAGUUAAACCAUGACAAUUUAACAUGGGGUGGGCCCUGGGCUGGCCAUGCUAUCACAUGCUUGCUGCAAGACAUUCUAGAAGGUAAAUUUAGUUCACUGCCCAGUUUAUGACAUAUGUUUUAUUUCAUCUAAUCCUAUUAUUUCCCAGUUUACUGUUUUUAUGAAUUUAAAAGUUGCUUCCCUUUAUUUGAAAAACAACCAUAUUUUCACAUUUUAAAGCAUCAUACAUAAUAAAUAUGGAUACCUAGAUUUUUUUUGUUUGUUUCACACUAUUGAGCCAUUUUUACUAUUGUUGGUUAUCGCAUACCACAAGGUUUUUUCAUAUCCUGACCCUAAAAACUCAGUAUGAAAUGAAGCUUUAGAGGAUGUAAAUUAAGGUUUUCAACAUAAUCCAAAAAAUACUCUGUAAGGCAAUCCAUUCAUGCAGGGUCCUAUUUUUUAAAACUCAGGAUUUACAGAAGAUGUAUGAAAAGGAUAGACGCUAUCACAAGGACUGAUGUGCUGCUAGAAUGUUCUUCUCCCAUGCAUUUAAAACCUUUAUACAUUCCCAACUGAAGCCACUAUUUUCCCCAUGUCCUUUAUUCCCUAAGAUUUCCUUUUUUUUUAUUUCACUAUUGUAAGGUAUAAACAAAUAUUUCAUGAUUGACAUUAGAUUGUUUUUAAAAAAAAUGAAUAUCCAAAACAGGUCAUGUGUUGAAAUGGGAAAUGAUUUUGUCAUGUGACAGUCAUUUUUAUUUUUUAAAUCCAAAUCUUCAGGACAUUACUUUUUUUUUAUGUGAAGAAUCAUCAUCAGAACUUUUUUGUUUCAAUAGAAAAACUUAACAUUGAAGAAAACUUGACUAUUGCAGGAGAAAAAUGUUGUCCCUCCAGCCCUGAAGACUCUGAGGCAGAUAUUUCUGAUGUUGAUGACUCACAGGUUUAUUCACAAUGGCUGGAGAAGGAAAGUUCUGUGUUGUGUUCAGAACAAGUCAGGGGAAACAAGAAAGUGAAAGUUAUGCAGCUGGAGCAAGUGAAGGUCAUCUUGAGAACUAAGCCAGAGUUCCAUGGAUUUCUCAGAAAAGGUAAUUUUGAGGCUUGUGAGAAAUAAUUGAGCAAGGCAUGGUGAAGCUUGAAGGGAAAGAGUUGGACAUUGUUAAAAAUUUAAGUGUCAGUAGCUCUGUGACGCUUAAGUUUUGAAUACAUUUCUAUUUCUUUCUUGUUUCUUGUUUUGUCUUUUCCACUGAAGAAGGCUUUUAGCCCAAAUGUUCUCAUUGUAUUGUCCCGUUCUUUCACGUCAAGCUUCGACAUACUGUGGUCAAAGAUUUCCUUCACACAGCUUUCAACACAGUCCUUAUUUAUUGUCCUUGUGGCUUGUGAUUUCCUAAUUAAAUUAAAACAAUAGUAGACCUUUUUAUUUUUUUUAGUAUUAGAGGAGACAAACAUUUUUUUUUAAAGUAAUUAAUACAGCUUGAAAGUAAGUUGAUUUCAGCUGCACAUCACAAUGGUCACAAUAAAUAUUAGGUGGUCUUCUUUUGUAAAGCUGAGUUAUUUUAGUGACCAGCAGCAUCUCAACUGGAUGACACUAUUGAUUCACUUUUAGAAAUAAUCUUACAAAUAUUCAGUUGUGUGUUUCUUGUUUAACUGUUUCUAUUUUUUGUCAGAUUUCCUGGAGGGCAACAUUUGUCUGGAUGAAAAGGAUGACCCGGUUGCCUUAGUUGGACUAUUUCUCAAUAAAAGUGACAGGGACAAAUUCAAGUGGAACAAGUUCCUCGAGCUGAUCAGCAAAUACCAGACAAAACCCACUGUGGACAAUCUCCCCCCACCACCGCCCAUCCCACCCAGUCCAUCACUCCCUGACUUCAUCAUGGAAGUAACUCCAGAUGGCCCAAGUUUUUCCCUCAAGAAGUUAUUGGAUGACAGCUUUGAUGACAUGGAAUCUCCUACAAGUCACAAUAUAAACAAGAUGAUAGCUAAUCAUCCCAGGUAGUCCAGCGUGCUCAGUUGUUUUUUAAAGUUUGGUUUUGUUGAAAAUUCAUUUCAUGUGACCUGAGAUCACAUGUCCAGUGAGGGGAAAAGAAGUUUAAGUCAUCUCCAACUGUUGUGUUUAGUGACUGUAUCUCUAUAGCUUCGUUACCUCAAUCUAAAAAAUAUGUCCUCAGACAAAUUAGGCUUACAACAAUUUAGGACAUUACAAAGUUUUAAUUCAUUUAUUUCAGCUAUCAGCCAGGAAGUUUGAAACAUCUUCUGAACUUACAACAUAAAAUUAAUGAACAGAUUGGGAUGGCAGCAGCUUCCAACAUCUCCCAGAACAUUUCCACUGCUUUAGAUGCUCGUCUGGAGUUCGGACUUGAGACUCUACCAGAACAUCGUCUCAAGGUAGGAACAUGAGUUUAAAAUAUACCUUAUGAAAAUAUGGGCUCUCGAGCAUUAUUUACAAUGACAAUGUGGAAUCAUACAUAAGAUCUGAGGGAAUUUUUAAAGAAAAUAUUCAUAACUCAAAGAAUGUUUGUUUUGUUGUUGUUUUUUUGUACUUUCAAAUUUAUUGUGAUAAAAUGAAGAAUUUUCUAUCUUGUAUAGGUUAUGCAGUCAGUACAAGUAAACAACAUACAAAGUGCAUUUUCUUCUCCACUACCUCCUGCUCCUACUGUUUGCAUGAUGAGCACUGAUGAUAGAUUUGACUCCCGGACUGACUCUGCAGAUAUGAAACAAGAUGGAGAGACAGUAGGUUUUUGUAUAAUUUUUUUUUGUUUUGCUACAGGUUGGAUAUUUUCUGUAUCCACUAAAAAAUAUACAUUAACAUGAUUUAUUGAAUUAUUUUGAAUGUACAUAAUUGUAUUGUGAUGUGAUACAAUUAAAAACUAUAGCUGAUGAAAGCCAAAAAAAACCCACCUAAAUUCUGCUGGCUUUAAAUAAGAGUUAAUGAACUCUCUGUUAUCCAACUAUACAGAUACCGCCAUCAUCAGUGGAAAUGUUGAGCCAGUGUUUUGAGAGGAUGUUUUCCCAGCUAAGAAGUGGUCGAGUCAAUUUUGAGGCUGUAUUGCAGCUGUGGCUGACACUGAAUGAAGAUGAGCCGGUGGGUGAUGUUGGGGCCACUACAGUCAAUGGAGUAGCCAGUGCUCAAGUGUUUGAUGCCACCAGGCAGCCAAUCAUUGCUCUCUCUCAGCAUGCUGUUGCUAGCCUAAUGGAGGUAUGUACAUAAGGAUGUCUUAGUUGAUCUUAGUGUACAUCUCUUUUACAAAAAAGUUUGAUACUAUGAUUUGUUAGGUUUCCCCCUUUAUGACUUGAAUUGCUUCAAGAAUGAUAUCACAGAGUAAUAACUAUCUGUACAGGUGGGUGUGAUGAUGCCCUGCCUACCCGUAAGGACGUGGGUCUACUUGCUCCAGGCCCUUUGUUUGCUGACCAACCAGAGGCACACUAAUGCUCAGGGCAUUGAGACAUCACUUGCACCCUGUGUGCUGAAUGAUCCCAAUCUGGCUCCAUUGUUGACCAAGUUUUUAUCCAGCCACCAACCAGCAGGCACUCAACAGGUCUUUAGUCAACUAUAACAAUAUUUGACACAGUGGUCUUAAAUCAUUAUUGUUAGUUUUUUUACAUAAUCUAGUCUUUAGUGUUCUAUUAUUGUCAGGUUUUAUUUGUAGUCUUUAGUAGUCCAUUGUUAAUGUUUAAAUUGUAAUCUUUGUUGGUCCAUCAUUGCUAAGUUUUGCAUGUUUUCUUAAGUCCAUUACUAAGGGAUUUUUUUUUUAGUGAAGUCAGUUUACUUUUGAAAUAUUUGUAUUUUUCCAUGUGUAAGUAUACCAAUAACAAGCAAAAUGGCUUUUAAUUCAAAUCUAGAUUGGACCUACAGCUGUGAAGAUCUUUGGAGACCUUUUGUACAGGCUUCAAUGUAAAUCUAUUGAAGUCAGUGGACAACGCUUCAAAGAAAUGCUUUUAAAAAUUGUUUACAAUCUCACUGCAGAAAGGUAAUUAUUUGAUUUGAUUACAAAACAUUUUAUUUUAUUAAAUUAAAUGUAAAUAUGAUUACCUCUGUAUAAUACUUUUUAUGUAAAUAACACAAUAACUAUACAUUUUUUUUCUUCAGUUCUAAUUGAAUGUGUAGUAAUGAUAGAUUAAAACUAUCAAUGCAUUUCUACACUUUCAGGGGAGCCAUAUACCAGUGUUGUGGUCCGCUGGAUGCACAAGUUCAGUUUGUUGAGAUGCUGGCAGAGAACACUCUAAUUUCAGUGGAUGUCAGUAAUGCCCUCAGUGUCAUCCAAGCUGCAAGCACUCUUGUCUACCAGCAUCUUUCUUUACAAGAUCAGGUUAGCAGAUCUUGAUUACAUUGUCAUUUUUGUCUAAAUGUAAACAACUUUAAAUGGGAGGGAAUUGAAGCUACAUCAAAGGAAAUAAUAUCUUGGUGACUUACAUUCAAAUGUACUUACAAAGGGACUUUUGAGCAACCUCUGAAGUCACAAAAAUAUAUGAAUUUAAUUUACUGAAGUUUAGACCAAGUCAGUGUCACUCACUUUUAUUCAUUCAAAUAUUUGCCAAUGGUGGACAUGACUAAAUAUUUGAAAACAUAUAAAUUCUGAUUUGUGUCAUUUUUUUUACGACAUAGGGGUUGAAAUUUCAAGUAAUGUUUAUUUAACCCCCCAAUCCUUGGCUGUGUGCAUAGGUUGUAAGUCGAACUAGUCAUGAUACCUCACUGGGAGCCAGAUCUUGCUUUGGUGGACUUGUAGCCUCCCUACUGCGUGGCAAUGACAGCCGACCAGGUGGUACUGAUUCACUCAGAGACCAGCUCAUGUUCUUUCUAAUGCAGCUUGUCAACAAGUGAGGAAUAUUUGUGUAGUUUAUACCCUCCAUCUAACUUAUUAUUUUAUCUAAAUCAUAAAAAAUUAAAUAUCUUCAUUUUGAAAUUGUAAAUUAGCGUAAUAUUUUAAGUUCAAUAUGUACAUGUUUUAUGUCUCUCUAAUAAUCUAUAAAUUUUAAAUGACUUAUAAGUUGUAUGUUGAUCCCUUCAGGUUGAUUUCUACCCCAGUGGCUGGACUGCCAACAAGAACUCCUAUCAACAAAACACCAGAGUGGCCAGACCAAAAUAUUGAGGGAUUUUCAGCCCAAAGAUUUCCCCCAAGACUGCUGACCAAUGUCAGACUUUCUGAUGAUGAGAAAUCUAGAACCAUGGUCCACCAACUGAGUGAAUCACAAAACCAACAAUUUCUGGAGGAUGAGGAGGAAGAUGAGAAUGAAACCUCGCACAGGCCAUCAGAAAUAGCUGAUAUAGUUGUGGGCAAUCCCGUCAUAAUGCAGAACCUCAUCCAGUCCCUCAGCCACUGUACCAGCAACAAGCUGGCCCUUAUGUUUGCCCACACUGACUGUUUAAAUAGCCUGCAGAAAACUGCUGACCAAACGGAUGCUUUCACUGUGGGGGACCUUAUAUUUACAAUUUUGAGGACCUUGAAAGAGAAGUGCAGUGAUCGAAAUGUCAUGGUGGACAACUUGUAUCAUUUUUUUGCUGGUCGGCCUCCUACCAUGAGUCAAGUGACUCUAACACGACUGUCUGAGCCGCUUUUAUUCUUUACCCUUAGGAUGCUCAACUCCUCAUCAGCUGUGAAGAAGUUCAUUGAUCUAGGUAUACACAUAACUAAUUCAUUGUCUGGUGGUAAUCAAACCAAUAAUUGCACAUAACUAAUUCAUUGUCUGGUGGUAAUCAAACCAAUAAUUGCACAUAACUAAUUCAUUGUCUGGUGGUAAUAUUACCAAUAAUUGCACAUAACUAAUUCAUUGUCUGGUGGUAAUAUUACCAAUAAUUGCACAUAACUAAUUCAUUGUCUGGUGGUAAUCAAACCAAUAAUUGCACAUAACUAAUUCAUUGUCUAGUGAUAGGUUAUCAAACCAGUUAAUGCACACAAAUAAUUUAUUGCCUGGUAGUAAUCAAACCAGUUAUUACUCGAAUCAUAUUAUUUACUUUAAACUUAGCUUUUGCAAAUUGAAUCCUUAAAAUCUUGAGCUUAUGUCUCAUUCUUAAUGUGUAAUUGAGCUUGACACUGGCACUUUACUUUCUUCAAAUGUUCCUUUUAAUUUGAUGAAAAUGUUUUUAAUAUCAUUGUGUAAAUAAGUAAUUUAAUAUUUUAACAACUUUGAACUUAUAUAUAGACAUUAUUUUAACAACAUUGGUCUAUACAUUUGCAGGGGGUAUUGAUGUGGUGAGUUCUAACCUGGUACGUUGUAACCAACACAUGAUCUCAUCAUCUCCAAGCAUCAUUUCCACCCUAAUGCAGAACUUCAGCUCUGGCCAUGCUGACUUGGGAGACAAGAGUAAAGGUUUUGAGGUUGAUAACACAGAAGGUCUGCAGAGUUUUGCCCAGCUUGGUUAGUAUUACAUUAUAUUCAAUCUUUAUCACUGGACAGAGUGAGUCUUGCAGUCUUUUAAAAAACAAUUCUUUUAAUAUUAACAUGUUUUAAAAAAAAAUAAUGGUCUUGUCCUUAUCAAAAUCAAUGCUAACAGAAUAAAAGUCUGAUUUGAUAAUCAACUCAUUUCUGGGAUGUUGAAUUUCCAGGAACCAUUACAUGCAGCAGUCCAACAGCCAGUCCAGCUGAUUGCCUCAUAAUGAACCUUGCCAACAGAAGAGCUCGCUCUGCAACCUGGUCUUACCACUUUUACCCUGAUGAGCCCUGCGUGGAACUUACUAUACAUCUACCGUUUGCAGUGCUGCUGAAAUAUGUUCAUAUCCGGCCCCAUGGAGCUGCAAUUUCAAGUGAGCUUACAAUAUUCAAUUCAAUUAAUCAUUUUUUUUGUUUUUGUCAUCUAUCAUUUAAUAAUUUGGUGUGUGGAUCAUAACAGUUAAUAAAUAUUGAUUUUUAAUCACACCAAAUUAGCUGGCAUCUUUAAACUUAAUUGGGUUGAUUUUUUAAUGUAAAAAAAUAACAGCCUUGCUGAUGAGUCCACCUAUGGUAGAUGUGGGUGACCUGGGAAAAUUUGAACCCUGUUCCUCUUGGUUGUGACCAAUGCUGCUAUUGCACCAGCUCAAUAUUAGCAUCGUUGAUUUUUCAAAAUAUAUACAUGAAUUACAUUUCAUGAUAUGCAGAAAAUACAGAAUCAUCAAGACAGAAUAAAGGGUAUCAACACCAAAAAUAGUCUUAAUUGCUUAUCCUAUUUCAGCAUGUCCCUCCCAUGUUAGCCUGGAGCUGUCCCAUGAUGGUAAUGUUGUGUCACCAGCCUCACCACCCUUGCACACAUCUAGUCUCACACUGAUACGUCUUCAGCUACAAAAGCCAGAAGUGGUUACCUCUGUCACAUUAUUACUGCAUAGACCCUGGGACUCCAUGAGCAUUGGCCUACAGAAAAUUUCUCUCUGGGGCCAGACUGCAUUUGCUGAGAGUUCUGAAAACUCAAUGUCAUUUUUAAAUGAAGAUUGCUUCUCAAGGUCAAGGUGAGAUAACUUUUUUAAAACCCUAGUUAUAUUUCUUGUUUUGUUUCGUUGUUGGAGUUUUAAAACUCUCUUAUUUUGUAUUUUUUAUUAAACUGCUGAAAAUCUGGCCAUAUUUCUGUAACUAUCCUUGUUUUUCAGUCUGGGAUGGAUGCGAAUCCUGCACCACUGCCUUGUUAACUCCAGCCAAGAAAUUCAGAGUACAGUAGCUCACAUUGCAGCUCACACCUCGAACCUCCUGGUCACAUGCACCUCCUUGCUGGUCCAUCCUCUGAUCGGGGUACAUGCACCCAAGAUAGAAACUAUCCUUAUAAAACUUGGACUGUGUCACAAGGAUGUUGGUCUGGCAUUGUUGGACAGUAUCCUGCACCAGGGCCCCAGGAAUUCUGGUAAAUAUCUGUUGAUGAUGCUCUAGAUAAGUUUUUCUUGCUGAACAUACAUCUAUUUCCUCAAUGUCAUGUUGAAGUUUCAUCACUACCAUAGUGUUUCUAUAGCAAUAUUAAUCACUACUGUAGUGUUUCUAUUGAAGUAUUCAUCACCAUUGUAAAUUGUAGGGUUUCUUUAGAAGAAUUUAUCACUACUGUAUUGUUUCUAUAUUCACCUAACAAGAAAAUAUUCCUGUUUUAAGGUUCAGUCCACUCCUACUUGGGUAAAGUUGAUGGGGCUGCAAGUCCAUAUACUGUUGAGAUUCUUUAUAGGCUUGGCACAACGCAAGAUGAAAAUACCCAAAACAGGUAUAUUUCUUUUAUAUUUUCCUUAAUUUUAUCUUUAUAAGAAAAAGUUCAGUGUUCCAGUAUAAGGAAAGUAACAAUUUAAACUAUAUUUUAGAGUAGAAACAUGGUUUUAUAUUGACUAGAAAGGGUGCAUACAUAGAAUAAAGAUAAUACAAAAUUUGAUUGUAAACAGAAUUGAAGCUUUGCUUCGCUGGCUGGAGGACUGCUCAAACUCAUCCUGCAACCAGUAUCAGUCUGGACUCAAUCAGCACAUGCACAACACACAGAACACCCCAUCACCAGAGCAUGUUCAGUGUGUAGCUGCCAUACUGUGGAACAGUGCACAGCUUCCGGUCAUGUAUCCUCUUUCCAGACUUAUCACUGUUGAUUUCAUUAGGUAAUAUUGAAACAAAUAAGAUAUAUUAUAUAGCUAUAUUUUUUCUACUCUGUAAGUGUAUGAAAGAAACUUCGUUUUAAUAAACUAUGCACUUAUAAUAAAAUUUAAAACAUGAUUUGGCAUUUCAACAACAAGAAAAAAAAAAACAAAUAAAGAGGUUUAAACUAAAUAAUAUAGAUCAUUUAAAAAUUAACUUUUACCACUCAAAUUUGGUUGAAUAAUAUAUGAAGUAGAUAUAGGCUUUGUGGAGAUAGCAGUUUUUAAAUGUUGUCAGCAGACCUCAAGCAUAAUUUUAUUCUUGGUAGGUCCCAAUAUGAAUGGUCAAGAAUCCUUCCAGACAGCAACCUGCGUCAGGCAGUGAACAAUGUCCUGUGCUCCGCUUGUCACAUUUGUCCCAAUGGAUUUAUGCACAUCCAGGAGUGGAUGGGGAUCGUUGGACCUGAUGGGGCACACAUUAGAGCUCCAGCCAUGGAUGAAGAUGGUCAAGAGAAUGUUGAACCGAGGGAGGACAUGAGGGCAGGAAGAAUGACAGAUGAUUCUAAAGAAGCCACAAAAAGACCCACGGCCACUGCCACAACAUACAGCACAGAUGGAAUGACGGAUGAUUCAAAAGAGGUUUGAUUUUAAAUAAAUGAUUUGGUACUACUGUAAAAUGUCUAGUGUAUCAUGCACCUUCUUGGCAAGUUCUGCACACUAAAAUAUGUUAGUGGAUUAUAUACUUAGACACGUAAAAGUUUACAUUUUUCUAAUGGUCAGAAAUGUAUCCAAAGUUGAUGAUUUUGUAAUUUUAGAUGAUUAACAUAAUUAUAUAUUUAAAUUAAAAAAUAGGUUGUUAAUUAUCAGGGCUCAUCCAUCUGUUUAUAAGCACUAAAUUGGACAGUCAUAUAUUACUGUACCCUAGGCUUGUCGUUUGGAAAGUUUGAACACCAUGAACCUAAAUGAGAGCAAGUUGAUGCUUCUGGCCACCGUGUGCAUGUCCCCGCAGGCCACCAGAAGGCUGAUGAACUGUGGGCUCCCCGCCAUGUUGGCACAAGCCGUGUGUGAGUUUUGUAACCAGCAGAUGGUGUUGGCUGUAACAAGAGGUCAGCUGUCUGAGAGUCCAGACAGUGGCCUGAAUCCAGAUGACAAUUGUGGUAAGUUGGUACGCUACUCUAGGAUUAGUGCAUGCUAAGAUUUCUAGCUUAAUACCUCUGCAAUGUUGUUGUUUUUUUACAUUUAAAAAAAAAACUAACAAUAAUCACUGCCUUAUUUUUAUAGUUUCUGCUAAUUGUAUAUAUUAUCAGAUAGGAAAUGGUAAGAGAAAACUUAAAAUGUAAAAAAGUUUAUGUUACUAGCUAAGCUUAAUUUUGUGGUGGAUAGCAUUCAUAGAUGUGUAUAUUUCGUAGAGUCCCCAAUAACGGCAAAUUUGGUUUGUGCUGUGCUGAGAUUUUUCACCGAGAUCAGUUCAGAAAUGGAACUUAAAAACUGGCUUGGCCAAGCUGAGGGUAAUGCUUUUUGGUCUCUACUUCUGACUUUGCUGUGUGGUAGCCAAUACCAGUCUCCAGUUCUACUCACAUUGUCAAAUCAGGAGACAACUGGGGUAAUUAAUUUAACUUAAAUAUUUAACUGACAUUUCCCUUACAUUAAAAAAGUGGUGUAAAUUAACAUUUUUUGUGACAUUGUUAAAGUGGGGUAAAAUUGAACCAACCUAGUUAUUAUUUUGACUGUUUCCUUUUUCAUGUAGAAAAAUCUUGUAAUUUCAAUCAAUAAAUGUGUAUUCCAGCUCCUGACUGCCGAUGAGAGAUCAGAGCUAGAAAAUAAAACCAUUCAGUUCUUUUCUUCUGUGAUAUCCUUUCACCCUGAAAAUCAGCUGUUGUUUGCCAAAGUCUUAUGUGAUGUCAUCAAGGAUCAAGGCACUACCAAAACAGGUCAGAGAUUCACUUCAUCACUUUGAAAAAAGUUAACUCUUUUAAGUUUAACAUAAAAUGUAUAUAUACAUAUAUAUGCUCUUUUUAAACUAUGGUAAAGGACCCAAUGCAAUAAUUCACCUACAGAAUAAAUUUGUUUUUAUUUUGAUUUGUGUUAUUAAAUUUCAUUUUUAUAAAAAAAAUUCCUAUUCAUUUCACUUUAAAUUAAUUCAAAACUUGUUCGAAUUUAACAAAAUUACAAAAUUAUGAGGUAUAAGGGCAUGUGGGAGUUGUUUAUUUGAUGAAUUGGAUCUAUUAAUAAUACUAUUUAGGAGCAAAGCUGAAUAUUAUUGUGACCACUCUUUUUUUUCCAUGAUUGGUUCCUAUGAUAACAAAAUCAAGGCUAUUAAUUUUUCAGUUAUUGGUCAUUUUUGUGUGUGCACUAUUAAUUUCUUUCAUGCACUGAAACAUAAGUUAGUUCAAAUCCAGAUAAUAGCUCUCGAAAGGACUGAACUGUUUUAUGAAAAAAUACAACUUUAUGCUUCUGUUUGAAAAUAAAUUAUUCUGAACUUAAUUUGUUCUUGAUAUAAACGCACGUACGUUCAUUCUCUGCUAAUAUUGAUAUUUUAAACUUCAAGGUUAUUAUCAUAUAAGAGCAGUAAAUUUGUAGGAACGAAUGGUUUUCAAAGAUUAAUAAUUUGCAGAAUUGCUCAGUGCAAUGCCAUUGUCUGGAUUUAUGCGGCGUCUCUUACUCCAAGUCCUAUUGGAAGAUGAAAAAAUUAUAGUGUCUGUGCGUAAUGCAAGCAGCAGUGUGCCAUCAGAUGAUGAUGACGGUAUCAACAACGACUGCGCUGAAAGCUUUCCACUAGCCAGCUGUGGUGGACAAAUAUUCCAUCCUCGCUAUGGUAGUGGUCGCAGCUGUCAGUGUAUUACAAUGAACCUUAAUGCAAAAUGCUCAGACGUCAUAUCUAAAGUUGCAGGUGAGAGGAAAUAUCUGAUGAUCAAUAGAAUGCAAAUAUUUUAAUUUAUUAUUUCUGGGAUAAUUAUAAGCUAUGGGUAGUGAAAAUCCUGUAAGUUACUUAAUACACAACUAUAAAUUUAUCAUAUCUAAACAUAGAAGCUUUGCAGCGACUGUUGAUUAAUGUGAAGAUUGUAUAGUUUUCCUAACAACAAAAUUUUUUGCCACACUCUAGAUCCAUUACCUCUUCCAAGCUGUUGGCCAGAAAAGAAAGAAGAGAAGAAGCUGCGCAGUGAUGAGAGCACCAAGAAAGAAGCACUGGGUGAGCUUGAUGUGGAAAUUAUGGAGUUUUUCACACAGUCGGCCGGUGAGCCAUCACAGCCAUUAGAAAUAUAUAAUGGCACACUUGGAACAUCUUUUCUGUCAUGGAUAGAAAUUUUUUGCACACAAAUGAAAAUUGUUUCCCUUCUCCCUAUCCGAGAUAAUCAUUGAAUUGUUUCACUACCAGCACCCAGCUAAAUAGUACACCCACUAUUUUUAAAAUUGAUUUUCAUUCUAUUGCUUUGUGCAUAACAUUGAAUUUAAAAAUUGCAAUUUAAAAAUCUUCUGAAAUAUAGAUAAUUAUCUAAAGAUUUUUCAUGUCUGUUAGCUGUUGCUCAAUGUAGAUUAUUAAUUUAAUGUGUAACAUUUCUUAAUUUUGUCAGCUAUUGCUAAAGAAAAACGAGAAAAGAGUCCAUCCUCUAAAAGUACACUACCUCCGAGGCCACCAACAAGAAGAGGAAGGCACACCAAUGAUUCGCUCCUAGAAUCUGGAAGUUUCCGAAUACCCCAGGCACUUUUUAGAGCGAGACUACGGUACAUAGCCAUACCAGGUAAAAGCUACCUUUUUGUUGUUUUUUUUUUAAUACUCUGUCAUGGGAAAAGGCCUUUAAGAAUUAUGGUGUAUGUUUUAUUCUCUUAUUGAUAUCACCAUAUGUUUUGUGUAUCCUCAUUGCAUCCUAAAAUAUGAUUUAAGCAUUGAUUUAUCCAUGUUUUUUUCCCCAGGGAGAGACUUGCCUCACAGUUUGACGUUGUCCCAACUUCUCCAUGUACUGUCUGAUUAUGCACUGCUUCCCUCCACCCUUGCUCUGCAGUUUGUGGUCAGACUCAGAUCCCCUGGUCCCAGUUCAUUCAAAGGUACAUGAGAACCUGCAUUAUUCGGAGAUAAUUUUUCUUAUUGGAUUGAGUUAUUAGAGUUCUGCAAAUGUGGCAAUGAUUUAUCUUUUUAAAAUCUAUUUGAAGGUAAUUAAUGUCAGUCACUCUUCAUGUUAGUGAACUUGCCCAAUAAUGCACCCACAAUAUUCCCAUCUAACAUGCUCUGAUUUCUCUCAUGUUUAUAGAUGGUCUUGAUGAAAGUAUAGCUUCUGAUGAGGCUUUGAUGUCAUCUCCUCCAUUUCCCUCUGCAUUAAAGGUAAAAACUACAAAAACUCUGCUACUAACAAACUCAGUUUUGUUUAAAGAGCAAUGGAAAUGAAAGAAAUGAUCAUAUUAUGGCUUGCAAAUAUGGGCCCAUUUUUUAGGAACAUUGAUUUGAAAUUUUGCAAGGAUAAACAAUAAACCAAAAUUAUACACACAUUUUUUUGUUCUACAGUUUAUGCUUUAUUCAUUAAUAAGGUUAAAUAUUUUAUUUUAUUUUAAAGAACAACUUACAAACCUUGUUAGUUCUUGAUUUAUUAUACCACAGACCUAAUAAAUGUUAAAUUACCUAAAAAAAAUGGAGUGAGCUGUAACAUUAAUGACUUGAUAAUGAUGGGAAUUUAAUGUUGCUAACUGUUAAUAGUAUUUAUGUUCGUCUGUCCUGUCUUCUAAAGGUAUUUGCCAAUGUUGGUGGCUUGGCUCUCCUGGCCCAGCACCUGCCCCUCCUGUUCCCAGAGAUUUCCAGGCAGAGUGCCAACAUUGAAGUUGUGUCCGACAACAACAACAUAAAUGACAUUGGUCAUGACUGGGUCACUGUGGAGUCCUCUGAUGAGCUCUAUGAUGUCAGUAGUCAAAGCAAUUUAGUAUUUAUACAUUAAAAUAUGAAUUUAAAUUAAAAAAUAGGCACAUUGAUAUAAUUGUAAAGCCAAGCUGUAAUACUUUGCCUCAUUGUUUUGUUUCUUAAAUGAUGAGCAGAACAUUUUUAAGAAGUCUUGUGAAAUGUAAGAUUUCAAUCAUGUCACGGUGGUAUUGCAAAAUAUUAAAAGGCUUUGUUUUAUAAAAUAAAAAUUCAUAGUUGGGACUUAUUUAAACAAUGCCCCUUUGUUAUCUGAAUUACUUACUGGAAAAGCUUUAAAGAAAUAUAAAGCUUGUUGUACAUCUGCAUGAACAGGAUUGUUCUCUUUCUUUGUUUUAAGCCAUAUCUAGAGCCCAUCACACCACCCCACACAUGCAAACCCAACAAACACUCGAUGGUGGGGACAGUGCCCUCUAUACCUCCACAUUCCCUCAUUGCCUUUGGCCUGUUUCUGAGACUUCCUGGCUAUGCUGAAGUGUUGCUCAAAGAGAGGAAAGUGGCUCAGUGUUUGCUGAGACUGGUGCUAGGAGUGACAGAUGAUGGAGAUGGAGGUAAGAAUAGGAUGUGGUUGCAAUGUAUCGGUCUACCCAAGUUCAAAACAUAUCAAAAGAUUCUAUUAAUUUUUGUAUCCCAACUGAUGGGACUUAUAGGAAGCUCAUUAUGGAUUUUGUUUAUUUGUUUACAAAGUAGAAUUUAUUGAAGAUUCCAGAUUAGAUCAGGCAUAAUUUGAGAAAUGCAUCAAAACAUUGUAAUUGUGCCUGCAUUUUUUUAUAUCAUUAACUUUCUUUCUUUAAAAAUAGAUUGUUAAAUGUAUUUUUUAAAAUGGAUCCAUAAAACAUUUUGAAAUUGAUUUGAUUUUGAAACUUUCAGGUCAGAUUUUGUCCUCACCUAUUGCUAAUUCACUGCCCACAAUGCCUUUCACUGUGCUGAAGAGCCUGUUUGACACCUCGCCCUUAACAACAGACGACGGUGUUUUGUUGCGACGAAUGGCCUUAGAUAUUGGAGUUAUUCACCUUGUUUUGGCAUGUCUUGCAACUCUUAGUCACCACAAACCUCGGGCUCCGCUGACAAGUUUUCAACAUGAGGUGAUUUUUUCAGCUUUGAUUUAUAGCUUUCAAAAAAAUUCUGUACUGUUAUUGAGAUUAUUCUUCACAAGGUUUCAGAACCUUAAUAAAAAUACAUUUAUUUUCCUCUAUAUCAUUGUACAGUGAAAUCUUUAAAAAAAAGAUUUUAAAAAAGAUUGCUGCUUUUAAGAAAAAACUGAAGUUUUUUAAUUCUUGUCUAGACUCAGCUUAUCCUGUCAGCAAUGCAGUCAUCCUCUGCCAUGGCAUCACUGAGCCAACCAGAAGAAAAGGCUCAGCAACACUAUUGGGCUAAAGGCACUGGCUUUGGAACUGGCUCAACGACCUCCAGUUGGGAUGCUGAACAGGCAAUGUUACGACAGAAAGGAGAAGAGGAACAUGUUGCCUGCUUGCUACAGGUGAAAUAUGUCACAUUAUAGAUUUUAGAAAUAAAAGUUCAUUGCAUGUGGAGUUUGUUUCCUUUGAUUAGAAAAAUCAGGUUAAUCUGGAAUUGAAUAUUUUAAAACGUUAAUACAUAACGUAAUUAAAAUAAUUUAGGUUAAAUGCUAUCCAUAGCACUCACUGAUUAGGAUAUUACUUUGCUCAGGUGUUGGCCAGCUAUAUGAACCCCAAUGGAAGUGUGAAGACUUCAUCUGAAUCCACUUCACCUACACCCCCUGACACAGAAAGGGAUCUCAUCCCAGACACAUUGGCAGAUCUCUUGUCCCAAUCCUGCCUUGUCCCUGCACUGUCCUCGUAUCUCCGUAAUGACUCGGUCCUAGACAUGGCUCGCCAUGUGCCCCUAUACCGUGCCCUGCUACAGUUGCUGAGAGGCAUCACAGUCAACCCCAGCCUUGUCCCCAUUCUCCUACCCAUGGAUGAAGAGAGACAGAGACAGGGGAAGAACAGUGUGGAGUCCCAUGCAUCGAUUGAAACACUACUAGAGAAGAUGAAAGGUUGUGUGGACACAUAUGCAAGUAGACUCAAGUAAGUUGCUCAUCUCAUGCAUUGAGAAUAAUUCAUGUAAGUAAACCUAGAAAUAUUUAUUUUGUAAAAUUUGACUAAGGUGUUGAGAGUUAUAUUUUAAAUUAAUGAAAAUAACUGCAAGUUUUAUGAAUUAAUUUAAUGCUGGAAAUGAGCCAAAGUAGGGGAAAUUAUGAAUAUAAAGGACGCAAAAAAACACGAAAUCGUCGUCAAGAAGCCUUCUUCAGAGAACAAACAACCGUAAAAACAAUAUAAAAGAAAAAGAAACAGCUGCAAUGUAGUAUCCAAGAGGACAGCAAGAGGAAACUGCUCAUUGUUUCGCUCAUUUCCUUUUACCUCACCUGAUCGCAGUCUCUCCCCCUUAUUACCAUAACUUAAUGCUGCAAGCAAUAUUACCAUAACUUAAUGCUGCAAGCAAUAUUACCAUAACUUAAUGCUGCAAGCAAUAUUACCAUAACUUAAUGCUGCAAGCAAUAUUACCAUAACUUAAUGCUGCACGCAAUAUUACCAUAACUUAAUGCUGCACGCAAUAUUACCAUAACUUAAUGCUGCAAGCAAUAUUACCAUAACUUAAUGCUGCAAGCAAUAUUACCAUAACUUAAUGCUGCAAGCAAUAUUACCAUAACUUAUGCUGCACGCAAUAUUACCAUAACUUAAUGCUGCAUGCAAAGGCAUUUGGUAAACUUGUAAUUUGAAGUAGGAAUUAGGAGGGAUUUUAAAACUUCCAUUAUUUUUUAAAUUUAUGCAGUUAUGUUAAAUUAUUGUUUCAAUUUUUUCACUUCAAUAAAUGUUUCUUUUUACUAUAAGAUCCAACAAAGGGAAAUCUGGAAACAAGAUGGAGGAUGAGGAAAGUGAAGGCUUAGCACUGCUUAUACCAGACAUACAGGAAACAGCAAAACUAGUGCGAGUAGCCACGCAAAGGCUGAAAGAGAGCACAGGUAACAAAUGUACAUGGCAUUCUGACUGUAGCUAUAGAAGCUACUCAAAUAAUGAAGGAUAUCAGAGACAAACAUAUUUUUGUUUAUCAGAAAUGCAGACUUUUUAAAAUAAAUUUUUAGAAUGCACAAAAUGCCUAUCAAUUAUUAUUUUUUAUGCUAGUCUUGCCAGUCAGUUUAAAGCAGCAGUUCUCAACCUGUGGGUCGUGACCCUUUCGUAUCAACGAAAAUAAUUUUGUGGUUGGGGGUCGCCACAACAUGAGUAACUGUAUUAAAGGGUUGCAGCAUCAGAAAGGUUGAGAACCACUGGUUUAAAGGCUCUUUAAUCAUGCAAUAAUAUUGUUACAGAAAAGCCAGAAAGUUGUAGACAAACAACUCGAGAAGUCAACAACACAAGGCCACGUAAGACUUUGGAGGAUCUCUACAUUGGUAUCAUGAAAGUGCUCCAGUUUGACACCUAUGAGAUGGUCACAGAGGAGGGAAGGAAUUUGAAAUUUAAUGUGUCCCACCACUACGAGUCUAAUGUCAAGGCCACUGGCACUGUCACCAAUAUAGCAAGGACUCGGAGAUUAGCUCAGGAGGCUGUGACAUUGUCCACUUCUCUUCCCCUUGCUUUCAGCUCCAGUGUCUUUGUACGUUGUGAUGAAGAGAGAUUGGAUGUUAUUAAGGUUUGUGGUUAAAUAUCAGUUGUUUUUUUUGUUUUUUUUUUUAUGUAAUUGAGUACUUCCUGUUAAAAUGUCAGGUAUUCUAAUUAUUAUUGCAUGUUUUGUUAUAGGCUCCAUUUAAGUUGAAUCCAAAUCUAAUGACUUGCCUGUAAUUGUCCUAUAUUUCUUCAGGUUCUGAUAACUGGGCCAUCAGAUACACCAUAUGCCAAUGGAUGUUUUGAGUUUGAUGUUUUCUUCCCACAAGACUACCCUAAUACUCCACCAUUCAUUAAUAUGGAAACAACGGGCAAUCAUUCUGUCAGGUUCAACCCAAAUUUAUAUAAUGAUGGCAAGGUAAAUGUGCACAAUUUUUUAUGAAUAUAUAACCCUGAAACUAAACUGUUUAAAAUGACUCAAUUUCAUGUUCAAUCUUACGAUUUUGGCGUACAAUUUACAAUUUUGAGAUGUCUUUUAUGAUUGUACGCCAAGACCUGUCAGAACUACGAAUUUUAAGAGACCGGGUUGAAAAUAUAUACAUUGCAGUAUUUUUUUGUGUUGAUAAAUAAAUAAUAAUUUACAAGUACUUUUGGGUUGUUAGUUUUGAAUUGCAUUUGCAUUCUACAUCCAGCAAUGAAGGGAUUGAGAAAUACGAUUGGUUGGGGACCAUCUAUAAUUAUAUUAUGUUUGCCCUGAAGUGAUGUUGCAUUUGGAGAUUUUUUUGGGGGGGGGGGGGAGGUGUCUAAAUAAUUAGGUCUAUACAAUUAACACCACCACCUUUUUGUAAUGAUAGUUGUGUGGUGGGGUGUGUCCUCGGCAGAAAGUAUGUACUUUAUUCAAAAAUACUACAAUAUUCAUUCUGAAAGUCAAAAAAAAUAAUGCUUUGAAAAUAUCACGUAAUGUUUCGUAGGAAUUAUCAUCAUAAUGUUGCCAUGUAUUUUCAAAAAUGAACUUGCUAGAUAUCGCUUAGAUAAUUCUCAGUAGUAGAGGUAUUAACAGUAAUAUUUAGUCCACCAUAUGUUCAACGUGUAUGUGACGUAUAUUUUGUUGGGCUACACCAGUGGUUCCUAAAACUUUUUGAUAUCAAGCGCCAAAAUUUAGGUUUUCAACAGGCUCCCUUUCUUCUACUCUUCGAAAUAACGAAUACAUAAACAAAAUAAAAUAAUGGGUUGGUAAAAAUUAAUAUAACAGUUCACUAAGCGGCAUCUAGCAACUGCAAACAGUUAAUCUAGUGGGCUACUGUUUGCACCACGACCGAUAGAUGUCACAUUGGAUUAAAAAUGGAAACAAAAUCAUGAAAAUUGUGUAAUAUUUCGCAACGCUAGAAGAUGCAGCAACCCAUAUAGAAAAAAGUGCAAGAAAAAACAAAAAAAUGUUUGAUUAGACAAAACCUGAUCUAUUGGUACUGAUCUCCUGUCUGGUAUGCUCAGUGGUCUUCUCUGAUGCACGUUGCUGGCUCUUAAUCUGAUAUUUGUGCACCCAGCUGGGAACGAACAUUGGAGACGACAAAUUUACCCCCGGCUGACUUAACAUUGCUAAUUUGCAUCCAGCAUGAAUAUCAUGCCACAAUGAAACAUCCUCAUUAUGUUUCUGACCACCUGGAAAAUGGCAAAGUCCCACCGCCAUUUCCAAAGUGCACACUGAACAUAUCAGACCCAAGACCGUUACCUGUAAACCAGCUUUUGACUCAACAUAUGUUUUUAUAUACUUUCCGGCAUGAGAUAGGGUACCAAACUGGCCCUCUCAUCACUUUUGACCGACUGAUAAUUCUGCAAAGCCCGAACAUGUCCCAACUCAUGAGGGUCUGACUUCAGGGUCCCUCCAAAGCAGUCCACUAUUAUCGGAGUUUGCUCCAGACCAUUCUGAUCCAAAAAGCCAGGAAAAGUGAAAAUUCAUAGAAAAAGUGGACAAACUGGUUUCCGGCUUCCAGGUUGGGUUAGAAAAACAAAAUUAAAUUCUGUCAACCGGUUGGCUCCUGAGCACACCAGUUCAACUGGUCAAGUGAUCCGAAAAUCGAUCUGGUAACUUUGGCUAUUUCAGGGUGCCAAAUAUGGUCUCAGCACCUCUUUCGGUUAUGGCAUGGCACAUGCUUAGUUAGGUGCAUAGACAUAAAAUUAAUUUGAUUACACUUCUGUGUAGUCACUUGUCUGUGUGUUCUCUUGCCCAUGGGUUCACGUGUCAUAUGUGUUCGGAUGUCUUGUGGUCAGUUGUCAUUGGUUCAUUUGUUGUGCGUUCAGUUGCAUGGGAACACAAAAAGAUUUUUUACACUCUAAAACCCCUACUUUGAAGUACCACAUGUAAUGAGAUAAAGUUAGGGUAAAAAAUGCAAUUUAAAAGUAAUUAACUAAUUAUAAGAGUGUUGGACUGUGAAAAAGCUUUACAGUAGAUUAAUUAGAUACAAAGGAUUUGUGUAAAUCUUUAAUAACCAUCACACAGAGUACAAAUUUAAAUGUUUCGGCAAAUGCCUUCAUCAGUACAAAAAACAGUACUGAUGAAGGCAUUUGCUGAAAUGUUUACAUUUGUAAGAUGAUAAUUAAAGCUGAAUGUAUAUUGUUUUAUUUACACAAAUUGUUUGUGUCUAAUCAACUUAAAACUGGGGGUUCGAAUUAUAAACACAUGUAAUAAAUUUUUUAAUUAUGCAAUGAAAUCUUCUUGGCCCACUCACAUUCGGCAACCAAGCACACAUAUCUGUGCAUUACACCAGUAAUGUAAGUAGCUCCCCUUUUGCAGGAUAUUAACAUAGUUGUAUAGGUAUGAUCUCAGUUCAUUUUAAAUAUUAUAAGAAUUUAACAGAUUUUGACAUUUUUCAUAUAAAUAAAUAUAUAUUUCUUUAAUAUGUAUUAAAUUACAUAUUACAUGCAACAAAAGUGACAGAUUGUGGUAAUAUAUGGUAAGUCUUUGAUUAAUCUUGGGAUAUGCUUUUGUUUAUCUUUGCAGGUGUGUCUCAGUGUGUUGAACACAUGGCACGGACGACCUGAAGAAAAAUGGAAUGCUCAAACUUCAAGUUUUCUCCAAGUAAGCAACAAAAUAAGUUCACUGUGUGUAACAUUCAAAUUAUUAUGGAAGUUUUACUAUGAAUAUCUUGCCAGGAAGCCUUCUUCUCUUUAUGUGUCGAAAUUAUUUUUUUAAAGGAAUUUUCAUUCAUUUUGUCUUGGGGGUUGAGCUAGUUGUUCACUAUAGUCACUAAACACAUCACAGACGAGCAUUAUAUGUGUGGUGUUACCUAGUUACACAGACAAUAGUUCCACUGAACCUCACCUUCUCAGUACGUGGCCCUCAGCUCACUGUUUCGGGUACCUAGGAACAGUGAUGAUAGGUCAGAUACCUCUAAGAAUCUAUAGAAGUAACUUUAUGUCCGACAAUCUGAGUCACCACCCUGUGUUGCUGGUGCUUAAGUUUCCACCAAGGUUCUGGCAAAGCUUACUUGCGUUGUUCCUGCUUACUAACCAUUAGCCCAGUCUUCCCUGAAGGGUCUUCUAGCAAUGUUCCGAUGAAUGGAAAUAAUUUAAUGGGGAUCAUCUACAUGAAUGCUCAAUGAUAUUAAAAAAUGCACAUUUUAAUGAAAAACAAUUUUUGUGUAAAAAAAAAAAAAAAGAAAAUAGCAAUGUUCCACACUGCAAUAUAAAAAGUUAGUAAAGAUUUCUAUUUUCAAAAAAAAAUCCCUUUUUAUAAAUGUUUUCAUUAUUUUAUUUUAGUGUUAUAUUUAUUAAUUUUCCAACUAUAGGUUCUAGUCUCCAUCCAAUCUCUGAUUCUGGUGAGUGAACCUUACUUCAAUGAGCCAGGCUAUGAGAGGUCACGUGGUACUCCAUCAGGUGCUGCCAGCUCACAUGAAUAUGAUGCCAAUAUCCGACAAGCAACUGUUAAAUGGGCUAUGUUGGAACAACUUAAGAACCCUUCAUCAUGUUUCAAAGAGGUAUUUAGACUUACAACGAUAAAGAAAUUUUAAGUUUCGGAAAGCUGCUUUUUUCAUCAUUACACAAUAAAUUUGUGAGUUUUAUGCUGCUAAAGGGUCUUCUUCUUCUUCUAUAUCUUAAGGGCCCACGAUCAAUUUAUAAUCUUUGUAAUAGGUCUGUGAACAUGUAGUGUUUUUUCAAACAUUUGACGCCUCAUUUGUUAAAAUUGAAAUGCUUCUUUUGCAAUAUUUGAUGCUAUUUUUGCAAAGUUCCUCUAAAGGCACUUUUUGUAUGCGACAGUGCUUGUCACAAGGGUGUUGGCAUGGCAACCAGUGUAGAAAAUGCAGAGUCUAUCCUUUAAUUUAGUGUCCAUUUAUUUAUUUUAAUUCAUCUGCAUUGCUAAAAUAAAUUUAUUCUCUUUUUAAUGAGUGUUUUCCAAUGUAUUUGAUCAGAUUAUCCACACCCAUUUCUGGCUGAAACGUCAUGAGGUGCUCCAGCAGUGUGAGAAGUGGAUCGCUGAAAUGGAAGGUUACAGCAACGACAAACGCACAGGAAGGUCCAUAGCUCAGAGUACACUAGCACUGAAGGUAUCUAGGAGUGCAAACAUCUUAUGAUGGAUUCAUUUUUUGUUUCUUUUCCUUUUUAAGUCUUGAGCUCUAUUGAAAAUCAUGUAUUUUAUGAUGUUUUCAGACUUAAUAUAUUUGUAUAUAUACAUUGAAGGGUAAGAUAUGUAAUACACUUGUAUAUAUAUAUAUAUAUCGAAUGGUAAGACACAUAAUAUACUUGUAUUUAUAUUGAGUUGUAAGAUACGUUUGUUGAAAAGAUAUUGGAGGAUCAAAUUGAAAUAUGUAUCUAAGACAAUUUUUAUUUUCAUACAGAUAAACUUCUCUUAACACUACUGAACUUGUUAUACAUAAUACAUAAACUUAAAUUAGCUGUCAAAACAGUGGCUUUGGAAUCUAACUUAUCCACAAUAUUUAUCUUUAAACACAUCGUAAAUAGUUUAGUACAGGGCUCUCAAACUCAAAUUAUCCGGGGGCCGCAGAAGGUAGAGUCUGAGUGAGACUGGGCCGCAUCAAGUAUUCCACAAAAAAAGCGAUUACAAAUUCAAUAUAUGCAACUGUUAAAAUCUGCUCAAUCUUUAUUAAUAAAAAAUAAAAACAUUAAAGGUUCUCAAAAACUAGGCUUCACUUACUUCCUCCUAUUCCUUGUAGCCCGAGGCUUCUUUUUACACAGCUGAGCAUUUGGCUUGAGUGAGGAGGCAUCCGAGACCCUCAGUAUAGCGUGAAGAUGCUCAUCAGUAAGUUUGGCCCUGAACUUUGACUUGUUAAAUUCAAAGUGGAAAAUAGCUGUUCUCACAGAUAGGUACACCCAAAAGGGCACAUGAUCCGCUUGAACAACCUGGAAAUCUCAGGGAAGGUGGAGGGCAAUUCUCUCAUAAAUUGUCCAAGCUUGUUUGUUUUUCCAUUCACCAUCCUGAACUUAGCCUUGAGCUCAGAAUUGCACUGAAGAUCUAUCCGCACCAUUUGAAGCGCAAAAGUGGGGCAUUUUCACAUUGAACAAGAAAGGGUCAGCAAAAAUUUGAAAUGGGGCUCUGUGUGUUUUGAAGUCUGCGAACCUGUGAGCCUUAUCAUAGAAAAGGCCUUUUUGAAUAUCCCUAUUUUGAAAGUGACCAAGCUGACAGGCUCUGAAUUUCCAUCACGCGUCACUCAUACACACAAGAGGUAAUUUUAAUAGAGAUUCUUUGAUACUGUGUCGGAUUCUAUGGUUUAACACAAUUAUGAUUGUGCAUUACCCACUAACUGACUUUUUAAAACUUUGAUAUUUAUAUAUUCAAUAUUCGAAGCAUGUUUUUUUCAAAACCGCACUUUGGCAAUGCUUGUCUCAUUAAAUGCUAUAAAAUAAAAACGUUUAGUCUAAUUUUAAAAUGGUUUUUACCAUUAUAAUCAACCUCCAAACCUAUACAAACAAAAUAAAAAUCAGAAUUAUAUUAGUCUGACAUUAGACUGAAGCCGUUGCAGAGGAUCACCUUGUAGUUUUGAGAAUUAGGAAAACACGCUGGCUGCAUUAACACUAAACUUUGCUGUCAGGUAUUGGGCGCAAAAUAUCGUCUUUUGGGCCGCAAAUGGCCAGCGGGCCGCGAGUUUGAGACCUCUGGUUUAGCACAUUAUAUUAUAGACAAUAGUAAAUGAAAGAAACAUGAAAGAUUUUCUGAUACAAUGUUGUGUCUGUUACACUUACAGUUGAAUGUAUGUAUUUAUUUUCCUUAAUUUCAGCGCCAUUACAAUCAACUUAGAGAAGAAUUAGCCAAGUUAAAACCACCACCUAACCUGGAAGCUGAAGAACUGGAAAGCACCAAGAUUGACCCUGAGGCCAAGCAGUACUCAACUGGAUCAGUGUCAGAACAAGCUGAAAUGUCAACAAACUUGGGCGAAGCUGCUGUAGAUGCCAUUGACCCAUUCUUUCUCUUUUCAUCCCCUGGGCAACACAUGGGGGACGAUGAUAUCAACACUUUUACAGACCCAGAUUGUUAACAUGUUACACAUUCAGCUUUGAUAUUCACUUGGCAUGUGUUCCCCUGGACAUCUUAACAUACGUGAUGAUCCUCUCAUGAUAGACAUGAUUUAUUUCCAACUAAUGUACAAAUAUGGAGUGUCACAAGACGCAACAUAAAUAUUUCAAAUAGUAAGUGGAAAAAGGAAAAUGACAUUGAAAUCAAGAACCCCAUAAGUUUCCUUGGUACACUAAAUAGUAGCCAGGUAAAUGGUUGUGCCAAAUAAAAUUGCUUUUAUUCUUGAUUCAUACAAUGGCAGAUUUAUUCAAUGACCAUAAUUUUGUUUACUAAGCAUGUGAUGACAUUGUGCUCUUGUUACAAUGAUCUAGUCAAUUCAGCUUAGUCCUCAUUUGGAUUUAUGUUCAUGAUAUUCAUUGGGGGCAAAUAUAAUUUUCAAUAUUAACAAGGCUAAAAUGUACAGAGCCACAGUAGUGAUCAUUGAUACUCAGCUGAUCCAAUAACAACAGACAAUGAUCAAAGUAAACAGAUUGUAACAAAUCCAUCAGAGCCAACUGUUAUAAGAACCUGGAUAUGGCAACUGGACAAAGCUAACUUGCUAAAUAGUAACACAACUUUUGAGUUGAAGUCAUCCUGAGAACGAUUGCUCCUGUUUCACACAACCAAGUUAUAAAUGUACAAAAAAGAUUGUCUUCUUUUAACCAGCGGUCUGAUGGUCUUCAUGGUGGGGUUAGAACUAAAAAAUGGGUUUGUUUUACUGUCAGUUCACCAUUCUCAAUAAAUCCCCUUGAUGUUUUUUAUUUCUCCUCGAAAACAACCAUUGAAAAUAUCACAAAGCUUUGGAUUCAUUCUUGCAUUCAUCAAAUGCUAUUAUGUAUUCCAAAUGUCUGCUUUUAUGUAUUCCAAAUGUCAGUUAUCUCUUAAAGAGGCAACUACUGUUUCUUAAACCAGUGUUUUUACUCCAUAGAGCAGAUGUCGAGUGUCAACUUUACCCAAGGGGAUAAAAUUGGAAAUUAUUCAUGGCUGUAGCUCACAGUUAAUUUAACAAUUAAGAGCUUUCAUACUAUUGACUUAAUCUGUGUGACAGUCCUAACCCAAUUUGUCAAAUUUUAUUUUGACAUCCAACAGUGCCAGAUUCUGUUGUCUUGACAAUUCUGUUCAGUCCUGGCACUGUUAAAACAUGGCUAUACAAACUUGAUGCCGUAGUGAUGUAUUUUAAAAUCAUCUUAUUUUACUCUUUAAACACCUAAAUACCACAAAUCUGUUAUCAUCUCUGCACGUUAUUUUAAUUUGUUUGUGGGAUAAAAAGCCUAAAAAUUGACUUGUGUGACAUGUUUGCAUCAAUUGUAAAUUGUAUGCAACAAUAAUUUUAUCUAUCAAAUAGGAGAUUAACCUUUGUGAUUUUUAAUAGACAGAAAAUGUUUCUUUUAUAUUCUCUUUUGCUUGCAUUAAACAUGGAAACUAUGACAUACUUAUGACUUGUACUGUUUGAAAAGAUAAUACAAAUAAAAUCCUGUACAUAUUAAUUGUGUAAAUUUUGUUUAAGUCUCUUGCAAAAUACUCUUGUCUUAAUAUAAUAUAAAUAUAUGUAAAUUUCAAUCUGAUUAAUGUUUAUCUUGUAUAUUAUACUUAUUGAAUUAGGUGAUUGCGGAUAUUUGUAAUUCAUCAAACUUUAAAAUGGAUGUUGUUUAUUUUGAGACCCAUUGAGUUGGUUGAGAGUACAUGCCUAUUGAUUACAAUAGUUCUCAACUGAUGAAAACUGAAGCCAGACAGCUUGACUGACCUUUGUAAUUAUUUGACAUAGACAUGUUUGGAUUCAAUCAUGCAUUAUUAAAAGUAAGAGGGCAGUUAUUUGUUUCACAUGCUGACAGCUAACCCCAUUGGUGUGAUGUUGCUGUGAGAUAAGGGCAUGAGCAAGUUUGUGAGAAUGAAUUGACCUCAUUGAUAUCUUCACCAAAUGUUUUUAUUUCAUUAAAGCAAUUUUAAAA